AUGCGGGACAACGACGACAGCGACGACGAGGCGGUCGAGGCCGACUUUAACCGGAUCCAGGACCUCUUGAGAAAACGGCUCGAGCUGCUCCAAAUGACGGUGGAAAAUGACAAGGGGGUCGAGAAGACGUUGGACAACAACAUGAACAAAAACGACCGCAAGCAGUACGAAGCAGAGAAGUUGAACAAGGCGCGCAUCAAGCUGGAGGCGACCCUGCCCAACGAGAUCAUCAACUCGUUGCAGCAGCUGCGCACCGACGUGCUGACGACGCUGAGAGAAAUCUUGUUGGCCCACUUGUACCAGGUGUUGGUGUCGAAGCUGGUGGUGGUGUGGAACGAGGAACACAUGGACACCUCUGGCUACGUCAGCGACGUCGAGGUGGAGAAAUUGAUUAAAGUGUUGUUGGACGGCGACUACCGCACCGACGUCGAGCUCUACUACCUUGUGCGGCUGGUGGUGGCGCUCAUCGUGCUGGACAUUGACGAGUUUGGCACGUUUGUCAACCCGCAAUUGCUCCAGACGUUCCAGAAAUUGGUCACCGAGGGCAGCGGCUCGGUGGUGACGGCGGAAAAUAAAGCUACCAUCGUCAACGGGCUCGUCAACAUGACCCUCGUCCUCCACCACGGGCUGCUGAACUUUGGCCUCGACGACACCGCCAAGUGGUUGAUGGACUUGGCCGAAGGUUUUGCCACCAGCGCCUUCAACUUGCGGUCGCAGUUGUCGCUGGGCGACCGCGAGUACUCGACGUUGAUCACCGACAAACACCUGGACGACAAGCUCGUGCUGGAGGCGGUGCUCAAGGUCAACGGCGAGCUGGCGGUGGCGGUGGCGGCGCUCCACGGGUUGGCCACCGUGCUCACGUUGCUUUCACGGGGAGAGUACCUCAACGAGCUCGUCGAGGACUUUAUGCUUAAAUUGGUGCCGUUGGUCGACAACGACGCCGACGCCGAGAUUGCUAAAGCGGCGGCGCGGGUGGUGGCGGUGAUCUACGAGGUAUACACCUAUGGCGAAGACGACGACGCCGACGACGACGAGUACAACACCAACGCCCCCUACUACGAGCAGGAGCAGCUCUUUGCCAUCUUUGACCGGUUGGCGAACUUGCUGACGAAAAAAGUGCUGAAAAAGGACCGCAAGCUGGUGCACUCGGUGUUCCGCAACAUUUUGAAUCUGAUGAAGGCGUACACCAACCCCGUCACCCGCGCCGAGCUUCUGAAGCGGCUGCCCGAGGGGAUGGAGAUCAUCAACGCCCUGUUCCCCAACGUCACCCUCCGGCUUUCCAAGUACAAGCUGUGGCCCAUCGACACGUGGGGGAUGUAUCUGCGGUUGCGCUCGCUCAAGUGGUGCUUCCUGUUUGGGUUGCACCACCAGCUCGUGGCGCUGGAGAGCUUGCGCGACAUCCUCAAGGACGACGUCAGCCACCACCGCCACUUGGAGAUCGACGAGCUGCGCCUCGACGACGCCGGCUACACCGACUUGGUCGACGACGCCCUCAGCAAGAUGAACGAGAUGAACGACAAGCAGCGGGCGGAGAAGCGCCGCCGCGACCGCGACAACAAGUUCCACGAGAACAUGGGCGACUUUGCCGACGCCUGA